UAAAUAUAUAUAUAUACAUUUAUAUGUAUAUAGCAAUAAACCGUAAAUAGAUGUCCAUAUAUGCUUUGCAAUAUAGCUAUAUAGCCGCAAACACAAACAUAGACUUUAACGACAACUAUAUACACUUAUAAUGACCAAGAAGUACGAAUUCGAUUGGAUCAUUCCGGUACCACCGGAACUGACAACUGGCGCCACCUUCGAUCGCUGGUUCGAGAACGAGAAGGAGACCAAAGAGAAUGAUUUCGAGCGAGAUGCGCUCUUCAAGGUCGAUGAGUAUGGAUUCUUUCUCUAUUGGAAGAGUGAGGGACGGGAUGGCGAUGUUAUCGAGCUGUGUCAAGUGAGCGAUAUUCGUGCAGGCGGCACUCCAAAGGAUCCGAAGAUAUUGGAUAAGGUAACCAAAAAGAAUGGCACGAAUAUACCAGAAUUGGAUAAACGCUCGCUGACCAUCUGCUCGAACACGGACUAUAUCAAUAUAACAUAUCAUCAUGUUAUUUGCCCAGAUGCGGCAACAGCCAAGAUCUGGCUAGAUGGCAUACGAAAAAUAACCCAUAAUGUCAAAGCGAAUAAUAUCUGUCCCAUGAUGUGUCUGAGAAAACAUUGGAUGCGUCUUAGUUACUGUGUGGAGAAGAGUGGCAAAAUACCGGUCAAGAUUUUGGCCAAAACAUUUGCAUCUGGCAAAACUGAGAAGCUGGUCUACACUUGCAUCAAAGAUGCGGGCUUGCCAGAUGAUAAGAAUGCCACCAUGACCAAGGAGCAGUUCACUUUCGACAAGUUCUAUGCGCUCUACCACAAGGUCUGUCCACGCAAUGACAUCGAGGAGCUCUUUACAUCGAUCACCAAGGGUAAACAGGACUUUAUCAAUUUGGAGCAGUUCAUACAGUUUAUGAACGAAAAGCAACGCGAUCCCCGCAUGAACGAGAUUCUUUUUCCGCUGUACGAGGAGAAACGCUGCACAGAGAUUGUCAACGACUAUGAGCUGGAUGAGGAGAAGAAGAAGACCGGUCAACUCUCGCUGGAUGGCUUUAAGCGUUACCUGAUGUCCGAUGAGAAUGCGCCCGUCUUUUUGGAUCGACUCGACUUCUACAUGGAGAUGGAUCAGCCGUUGGCUCAUUACUAUAUCAAUAGUUCGCAUAAUACGUAUUUGUCGGGUCGCCAGAUUGGUGGCAAGAGCUCCGUCGAGAUGUACCGUCAAACGUUGCUCGCCGGCUGUCGUUGCGUCGAACUAGAUUGCUGGAAUGGCAAAGGUGAGGAUGAGGAACCAAUUGUUACCCACGGUCACGCCUACUGUACGGAAAUUUUAUUUAAGGAUUGCAUUCAGGCCAUUGCGGAUUGCGCUUUCGUCUCGUCAGAGUAUCCGGUAAUACUCUCCUUUGAGAACCAUUGCAAUCGUGCCCAGCAAUACAAAUUAGCUAAAUACUGUGAUGACUUCUUUGGCGAGCUACUGCUAAAAGAGCCACUCUCGGAUCAUCCGUUGGAUCCGGGUCUACCGUUACCGCCGCCGUGCAAGCUGAAGCGCAAAAUUCUCAUCAAGAAUAAACGCAUGAAGCCCGAAGUGGAGAAGGUCGAAUUGGAGCUGUGGCUCAAAGGUGAACUGAAAACCGAUGACGAUCCCGAGGAGGAUGCCAGCGCUGGUAAGCCGCCAGAGGCGGCUGCUGCACCAGCACCAGCACCAGAGGCAGCUGCCGCAGAGGGUGCCGCGGAAGGCGGUGGCGGUGCCGAAGCGGAGGCAGCUGCGGCCAACUACAGUGGCUCUACCACAAAUGUGCAUCCGUGGCUCUCAUCGAUGGUCAAUUAUGCGCAGCCCAUUAAAUUCCAGGGCUUCGACAAGGCAAUUGAAAAGAACAUUGCCCACAAUAUGUCGUCGUUUGCUGAAUCGGCCGGUAUGAAUUAUUUGAAGCAGAGCUCCAUUGAUUUCGUCAAUUACAACAAGCGUCAAAUGUCACGCAUCUAUCCGAAGGGCACCCGAGCCGAUUCCUCGAAUUAUAUGCCGCAGGUAUUCUGGAAUGCCGGCUGCCAAAUGGUCUCACUCAAUUUCCAGACCUCCGAUCUGCCCAUGCAGCUUAAUCAGGGCAAAUUCGAAUAUAAUGGCGGCUGUGGCUAUCUCCUCAAACCGGAUUUUAUGCGACGUGCCGACAAGGAUUUCGAUCCAUUUGCUGAUGCUCCAGUCGAUGGUGUUAUUGCGGCCCAAUGCUCCGUCAAGGUUAUUGCCGGUCAGUUUUUGUCCGAUAAGAAAGUGGGCACCUAUGUUGAGGUGGACAUGUUUGGUCUGCCCUCCGAUACGGUGAAAAAGGAGUUUCGCACCCGUUUGGUGCCCAACAAUGGCCUCAAUCCCGUCUACAAUGAGGAUGCAUUCGUCUUUCGCAAGGUCGUGCUACCCGAUCUGGCCGUACUCCGUUUUGGCGUCUAUGAGGAGAGUGGCAAGAUGAUUGGCCAACGCAUUCUACCGCUGGACGGCCUACAGCCUGGCUACCGUCAUGUCUCCCUGCGCACGGAGGCCAAUUUUCCGAUGUCAUUGCCCAUGUUGUUUGUGAACAUCGAAUUGAAAAUUUAUGUACCUGAUGGCUUUGAGGAUUUCAUGGCCAUGCUGUCGGAUCCGCGCGGCUUUGCUGGCGCCGCCAAGCAGCAGAAUGAACAAAUGAAGGCCUUGGGCAUUGAAGAGCAGAGUGGCGGUGCUGCGCGUGAUGCCGGCAAAGCCAAGGAGGAGGAGAAAAAGGAGCCGCCCCUUGUUUUUGAGCCGGUCACCUUGGAAUCGUUGCGUCAGGAGAAGGGCUUCCAGAAGGUCGGCAAGAAGCAGAUCAAGGAGCUGGACACGUUGCGCAAGAAGCAUGCCAAGGAGCGCACCUCGGUGCAGAAGACCCAAAAUGCGGCCAUCGAUAAGCUGAUCAAGGGCAAGAGCAAAGAUGAUAUACGCAACGAUGCGAACAUAAAGAAUGCGAUCAACGAUCAAACCAAGCAGUGGACCGAUAUGAUUGCUCGCCACCGCAAGGAAGAAUGGGAUAUGUUGCGCCAGCAUGUCCAGGACUCACAGGAUGCCAUGAAGGCGCUCAUGUUAACCGUGCAGGCGGCCCAGAUCAAACAGCUCGAGGAUCGUCAUGCCAGAGAUGUUAAAGAGCUAAAUACCAAGCAGGCAAAGACCUCCGCCGACACCGCAAAAGAGGUGCAAAAUGACAAGACUCUGAAGACCAAGAACGAGAAGGAUCGUCGCUUGCGCGAGAAGCGUCAAAACAAUGUCAAACGUUUUAUGGAGGAGAAAAAGCAAAUCGGCGUUAAACAGGGUCGCGCCAUGGAGAAAUUGAAAUUGGCCCAUGCGAAACAAGUUGAGGAAUUUAGUACCGAUGUGCAAAAGCUAAUGGAUAUGUACAAAAUCGAGGAGGAGGCCUAUAAGACCCAAGGAAAAACGGAAUUUUAUGCUUAAGCCACAACAACAAAAACAGCAACAUAGCCGAAAAAAAAAAAACAAAAUCAUUUUCAAUGAGAUUCUUUUAAGAAACAAAAUAUCUAGACGUCUUUAAGUGUACGCGUUUACCUUAGAAAUUGUAUAUCUGAAAACUGGAAUGAAAAGAAAGUCAACACUUUGUGCUUUAUACUUAUUUAAGAAGUUGUACCGCGAGAAUAUCUAUGCAUAGAUAUUGCAUUCAAUUGUUGAAUGAACUUUCAAGAAAAGCAAACUAUUUAUUCAAUUUCCAAAAAAAAAAACACUUGGAAAACCACAUUUAAUUAUUUGCUGUAAAACUGCAAAUUACUAAUCAAGUUAUAUUUAAUUACAAAACAAAAAUAAAAUUAUAGAAAAGGAUACAAAACUGAAAGCCCCAAUUAAAAAAGGAAAUAGCAAAACCCCAUUUGGUAUUUAUGCUUAGACAAUGCCAUAAGUACCCAAAAUUUGUUUUUUUAGUUCUCAAAUGCAUUGGGCACAGAAAUUUAAGCGCAUAGCGCUAAUGUUUUUCUUUACUAUUCGUACUAGUUUUUUUUUUUUUUUUUUUUUUUUUGUACUGUUUAUUGAGGGGAGAGAGAACAAUUUCAACUACCAACCACAGUAUAUAUAAAUUACUUAUACGUAUGUUUCAAGAAAGAAUACUUAAAAUAUACAUAUGUGUUUCCGAUUUUCCACCUAACAGCUUAGCAAAUAAAAACAUAAACUAAAAAAACAAAAACAA